AUGACUCUGAUGACUCCUCCGCCGUUGGAUCAGCAAGAGGACGACGAGAUGCUGGUCCCCCACACCGACGUCACGGAAGGUCCCCAACCCAUGGAAGUAGCGCCAGCUGAACCAGCAACUACAGCUGAUGCUCAGUCAGUUGAUGAUCCACCAUCAGCAAGGUUUACCUGGACAAUUGACAACUUUUCGAGGCUCAACACCAAGAAGUUCUAUUCCGAUGUUUUUGUUGUUGGAGGCUAUAAAUGGCGAAUACUGAUUUUUCCCAAGGGUAACAAUGUGGAUCAUCUGUCCAUGUACCUAGAUGUUGCAGACUCCGGAACUCUGCCAUAUGGCUGGAGUCGUUAUGCCCAGUUCAGCCUGACUGUUGUAAAUCAAAUUCACCAAAAGGGCUCCGUUCGGAAAGAGACACAACACCAGUUCAAUGCACGUGAGAGUGACUGGGGAUUUACUUCAUUCAUGCCCCUUGGGGAGUUAUAUGACCCUGGCAGAGGUUAUCUUGUUAAUGAUACAUGCAUAGUAGAGGCAGAUGUCGCUGUCCGUAAAAUUAUGGAUUAUUGGUCCCAUGAUUCUAAAAAGGAGACUGGCUAUGUUGGACUUAAGAACCAAGGAGCCACAUGCUACAUGAAUUCUCUUCUUCAGACACUCUACCAUAUUCCUUACUUCAGAAAGGCUGUGUAUCACAUGCCCACGACUGAGAAUGACAUGCCAUCAGGAAGCAUCCCUCUCGCUCUGCAGAGUUUGUUUUAUAAACUUCAGUACAGUGAAACAAGUGUAGCAACAAAAGAGCUGACGAAAUCUUUUGGGUGGGACACUUACGAUUCUUUCAUGCAGCAUGAUGUGCAAGAACUUAAUAGGGUCCUUAGUGAAAAGCUUGAAGAUAAAAUGAAGGGAACUGUUGUAGAGGGAACAAUACAACAGUUGUUUGAAGGGCACCAUAUGAAUUAUAUAGAGUGCAUCAAUGUGGAUUACAAGUCCACUAGGAAGGAAUCAUUUUAUGAUCUUCAGCUUGAUGUCAAAGGUUGUCGAGAUGUAUAUGCAUCUUUUGACAAGUACGUUGAAGUGGAGAGUCUUGAAGGUGAUAAUAAAUAUCAUGCAGAACAACAUGGCCUGCAGGAUGCAAAGAAGGGAGUCCUAUUUAUUGACUUUCCUCCUGUUCUCCAACUUCAGUUGAAAAGAUUUGAGUAUGAUUUUAUGCGAGAUACGAUGGUGAAGAUAAAUGAUCGUUAUGAGUUCCCUUUGCAACUUGAUCUUGAUAGAGAAAAUGGAAAAUAUUUAUCGCCAGAUGCGGACCGAAGCGUCCGGAACCUUUAUACUCUGCACAGUGUAUUGGUUCACAGUGGUGGUGUGCAUGGUGGACACUAUUAUGCUUAUAUCAGACCAACGCUUUCUGAUCAAUGGUUUAAGUUUGAUGAUGAGCGGGUAACCAAGGAGGAUAUAAAAAGAGCAUUAGAGGAGCAGUAUGGCGGUGAGGAAGAGUUACCGCAGACAAAUCCUGGCUUCAACAAUUCUCCUUUUAAGUUCACAAAAUAUUCAAAUGCUUAUAUGCUUGUGUAUAUACGCGAAAGUGACAAGGAAAAGAUAAUCUGUAACGUGGAUGAGAAGGACAUUGCAGAACACCUGAGGAUAAGGUUGAAGAAAGAACAAGAAGAAAAGGAGCAAAAGAGAAAGGAAAAAUCCGAGGCCCAUUUGUAUACUAUCAUAAAGGUUGCAAGGAGUGAGGAUCUUCUUGAACAAAUUGGGAAGGAUAUUUAUUUUGAUCUUGUGGAUCAUGACAAAGUUCGCAGUUUUCGCAUCCAGAAGCAGAUGCCCUUUACCCUUUUCAAGGAAGAAGUUGCAAAAGAGUUUGGUGUACCAAUUCAAUUUCAACGUUUCUGGCUGUGGGCAAAGAGACAGAACCAUACAUACCGUCCAAAUCGGCCAUUAACACCUCAAGAAGAAUCACAGUCUGUUGGGCAAUUGAGGGAAGUAUCUAACAAAGCAAAUAAUGCAGAGCUAAAAUUGUUUCUGGAAGUGGAACUUGGACCGGAUCUGCGACCUAUUGCUCCUCUCGAUAGAACAAAGGAGGAUAUUCUGCUGUUCUUUAAACUUUACGACCCACUGAAGGAAGAACUGAGGUAUAUUGGGAGGCUGUUUGUAAAGGGAAGUAGUAAGCCCAUGGAGAUUUUGACAAAGCUAAGUGAAAUGGCAGGCUAUGCUCCUGACCAAGAGAUUGAACUUUAUGAGGAAAUAAAGUUUGAACCUCAAGUUAUGUGUGAACCCAUUGACAAGAAGAUAGCAUUUCGCUCUAGCCAGCUAGAAGACGGGGACAUAGUCUGCUUUCAGAAGCCCCCUCUUGGAAGCGGGGAACAGUGCCGCUACCCGGAUGUGCCCUCUUUUCUUGAAUAUGUGCAUAAUCGACAGGUGGUACGUUUUCGAUCAUUGGAGAAACCGAAAGAAGACGAAUUCUCGUUGGAACUGUCAAAGAAUCACACUUAUGAUGAUGUGGUUGAAAGAGUAGCCCAUCAUCUUGGUUUGGAUGACCCUUCCAAAAUAAGGCUUACCUCUCAUAAUUGUUAUUCACAGCAACCUAAACCUCAACCCAUAAAGUACCGAGGAGUAGAUCAUUUGUCUGAUAUGCUGGUCCAUUACAACCAGACAUCCGACAUUCUAUACUAUGAAGUGCUUGAUAUCCCUCUUCCGGAGCUGCAAGGUCUGAAAACUUUGAAAGUUGCCUUUCAUCAUGCAACCAAGGAAGAGGUUGUAAUUCAUACCAUUAGACUGCCAAAGCAGAGUACGGUAGGUGAUGUCAUCAAUGACCUCAAGACAAAGGUUGAAUUGUCUCACCCCAAUGCUGAACUUAGAUUGCUUGAGGUGUUCUACCACAAGAUCUACAAGAUCUUUCCACCCAGUGAGAAAAUCGAAAAUAUCAAUGACCAAUACUGGACGCUCCGUGCAGAGGAGAUUCCCGAAGAGGAGAAACAGAUUGGUCCUCAAGACCGCUUGAUUCAUGUGUACCAUUUCAUGAAGGACACGGCUCAAAACCAGCAAGUUCAAAACUUCGGGGAACCAUUUUUCCUUGUAAUUCGUGAGGGGGAGACUCUAGCUGAAGUAAAAGUUCGCAUACAGCAAAAAUUGCAGGUCCCUGAUGAUGAGUUUUCAAAGUGGAAGUUUGCUUUUCUGUCACUGGGCCGACCGGAGUACCUUCAGGACUCUGAUGUGGUGUCGGGUCGAUUUCAGAGAAGGGACGUAUAUGGUGCUUGGGAGCAGUAUCUGGGACUGGAGCAUGCUGAUAGUGCUCCUAAAAGGUCAUACGCAGCUAAUCAGAACCGUCACACCUUUGAGAAGCCUGUAAAAAUAUAUAAUUAG